AUGGAGGGCAAGACCAAGAAGGAAAAUGAAACAGAUGGAUCAAAACGGCGAGAUCUUUUCGUUUUUGUAAGAAAGACCAUGUGCAUAGCGGCCAUGUAUCCCUUUGGCUUUUAUGUACAGGGCUGUGGAUGUCUGGCCUAUAUUGUCCGAGUCUGGGAUCUGUUCUACGAGCUCUUCAACUAUUUUGUAUCGGUGCACAUAGCUGGCUUGUAUAUAUGUACCAUCUACAUAAAUUACGGACAAGGAGACUUGGACUUCUUCGUCAACUGUUUAAUACAAACCAUCAUUUAUUUGUGGACCAUUGCAAUGAAGCUGUACUUUCGACGAAUUAGGCCAGGACUGCUACACGCCAUUUUGACCAACAUCAAUGACGAAUAUGAGCCACGUUCUGCCGUCGGAUUUAGUUAUGUUACAAUGGCGGAGUCUUUUCGGAUGUCCAAACUUUGGAUCAAAAUCUAUGUAUACUGCUGCUAUAUUGGCACCAUUUUCUGGCUGGCCCUUCCCAUAGCUUAUCGCGAUAAGAGUCUGCCACUAGCCUGUUGGUAUCCCUUCGACUACACUCAACCAACUGUCUAUGAGAUUGUGUUCUUCCUUCAGGCAGUGGGCCAGAUCCAAGUAGCGGCUUCCUUUGCCUCCUCUAGUGGUCUGCAUAUGGUGCUUUGUAUCUUACUAUCGGGACAGUAUGAUGUGCUCUUUUGCAGUCUUAAGAACGUAUUGGCCACCAGCUAUAUAAAAAUGGGAGCCGAUAUGGCAGAACUAAGGCAAUUGCAAGCUGAGCAAUCUGUGUCCGACGCAGAGCCUGGUCAAUACGCCUACUCCCUGGAAGAGCAGACACCUCUACAAGAACUUCUACAGAAUUCAACAGAAGUCCCACGGAAUUUCGCGUCAGCAUUCAGGCAGUCCUUCAUGCACUGCAUUCAACACCAUCGUUACAUAGUGGCUACUCUGAAGCAAAUGGAACGGUUCUACAGUCCUAUAUGGUUCGUGAAGAUCGGCGAGGUCACUUUCCUUAUGUGCUUGGUGGCAUUUGUCUCGACGAAGAGCACUACGGAAAACUCGUUCAUGCGGAUGGUUUCCCUGGGCCAGUACUUGCUGCUGGUACUCUAUGAGCUCUUUAUAAUCUGCUACUUUGCAGACAUCGUGUUUCAGAACAGUCAACGGUGUGGUGAGGCCCUAUUGCGAAGUCCUUGGCAGCGACACAUAAAGGAGGUUCGCAGUGAUUAUCUUUUCUUCAUUCUGAAUUCCCGAAGACAGUUUCAACUUACUGCAGGGAAAAUAUCAAAUCUAAACGUGGAACGAUUCAGAGGGACUAUUACUACUGCUUUUUCGUUUCUCACCUUGCUGCAAAAGAUGGACUCGCGAAGCUAAAAAAUAAUAUGGCUUUUGUUU